UCUCUCAUACGCGGCGGCCAUCUUGAACCGUUAAAACAAGGGAGACCAGCCAUAAUGGCGUUCUUCUAAAAAGUAAAUGUCAAGUAUUUUAAAGAUUUGUCAUUUUCAAAACUCAUACGCACACAAAUGAUACUAGGUCAAAAUCAUUGGAUAUAAUUACAAUAAAGGAUGAGGCUGGGCGUACUUCUGAUCCUGACUACAUCUCUAAUCUGCGCCUUUACACAACAAAUAAAUGAGUGUCCUAAUGCCUGGAUCGAGAACUCGGGCUACUGUUACAGUUUUGUGUUUGGUCCUGUUAGGACAUACCAAGAAGCAGCGAUAUCCUGUCAGAUGACCGCUUCUACUCUUGUGACCGUCAAGACAGCUGGGGAGCAUGGAUUUAUUCAAGGCUGGCUCACUGCCCACGAUUCGGAAAGACGUGAAUGGUUCACUAGUGGAUACAGAGACGAUACAGGGUUAAUAGUUUGGGACUCGGACGGUAGCAGUGUGUCAACGGAUUUUUUUCCCGACAUUGCCACACGAGACAGAACCCAAGUGGACUCCUGGACACAGCUCAGUAAUGACGUCAUUGUGUAUAAAUAUUCAGUGUCAUCCAAGACUUAUGAAUGGGAAUGGAGCAGAAUGAUGAAAACAGGGGCGUAUAUCUGCCAGAUGAACAAAACUGAUGUGUGGAGGUUCUACCAGCAACAUCGAGAUUUCUCUUUCGGUUCCAAUGUAACUGACCACAACAAAUGGCAAGUUGGACCAAAGAUUAUCUCACAGUCCCAGGACACCGUGUUCUACCAGUCACCCAGUGGUAUGACAUCUGUCAAGCUGCACUGCUUAGCCCAGGGAAAUCCGCAGCCGACCUAUACCUGGUACCGGGAAGUUCCAAGCCAGACUGUUCCAGAGCAGUUGAGUUCAAGUCUUGAUCCAAGAUACAGCGUGUCACAAGGAAGACUUGAGAUCACUCGGCCAGACGAGUCCAAGGAUCCUGGUACUUACACCUGCAUGGCAAGCAAUAGUCUGGGCAGUGUUUUGUCUAGUCCUAUAGUUCUGUCUUACGGAUACAUUGCUGAAUUCUCCAAUGUCCAGACAAGUGCCGUGGAAGCCAUCAUGUACAUGGGCAAAAUGAUAACAUGCAACCCACCACUAGCCAAACCAGAUCGCCGAUUUAACUGGUUCAAGAGGGACUUCAACUUCAUAAGACCCGAGUUCAAUCCUCAGUACUUUAUCUCUAAGGAUGGCAAUCUGUACAUCUCUGAGGUCUACACGUCUGACCAGGAUGAGUACUACUGUAUGGUCUUCUUGGCGCCCAGGAAUGGUGAGGUUCUAGCAGGGGACCAGCCUCCAGUUCGGAUCUCAUUGGGUAUCAACUUACGUGUCCGUGGAGAAAACGCCAACACUUAUGGACCAGAUAUUCAUAACAGCUUUCCACAACAUUUUCCGAAGUAUCCAAUGAUAGGGGACACUGUGGAGAUCGAAUGCCUGGCUUAUGGAAGGCUUCCCCUGCGCUACUCCUGGUUCAGGGAAGACGCCCCUCUCAAUGAGAGGGCCUACAUGAAAGAUCAAAACCGGAUUCUGGUCCUACCAUCAGCCGGACUUGAUGACAGGGGAACUUACACGUGUGUAGUCGACGGAGACAGGAACUCAGACAACAAGUCGAUGGUUCUCAUGUUGUAUGCUACGCCGAGUUUCCCAUUUCCACUUCAAGACCAGCUGGUGGACAAACACUCGAAUCUGAUCUGGACAUGCCAUUCCAUUGGUAUCCCCAAGCCCUCUUACAGAUGGUACGUCAACGGGACCUUACUGACCAACACCAACACAUUGGGAGUGCAGGUGUUUAGAAAUAAACUGAGCAUAGACAAAGUAGACACGAGACAUAAUGGGAUGUACCAGUGUGAGGCUACCAAUGCUUACGGAACCAACCGGUCAAGCGCUGAACUAAGAACCUUAUUUUUCGCACCAAGUUUCACCAACAGACCAGUUGAUAGCACAAAGUUUGGAGCACAGGGCGGCAACGUCACCAUCGCCUGCAACCCAGAGGCGGCCCCGAGGGCUGAAAUAAAGUGGUUGAAAAAUGGGGAAGAAGUUGGCCGAGUCCUGCCCAGCGGAGCUCUGGAACUGACCUCGUUGUCCCAGUCUCAAGCCGGAACGUACACCUGUGUUGCCACGAACGAGCUAGGAGAGGCCAGGUCAUCUUGUGUUUUGACCGUUGUAGCUUCUGUGGUCAUCAGUGAAGCGCCAGCACACUUGGAGAUAAGCCAGAACGAGACGGCCUUGAUGUCGUGCAGAGCGUCCUACGACCAGAGCAAGCUGGAUGUGGUUUACACCUGGAUGUUCUACUCCCACGCCAUCGACCUCACAGACGGAAGUGAGGACAUAGUGCACUAUUCAAUGCCCUACAAAGACACGGACAAGGCAGGAAUGCUGUACAUUAUUGCUGCGAGCUAUCAACAUGAAGGCGAGUAUACCUGCAUUGUGACCUCAGUGACUGGAACUGUACGGGCGAGCGCUUUCCUAGCAGUCAAGGGUCCACCUGGAGAGCCUGGAGGUGUACACGUCAGGCAGAGUCAGAACAGUACUUACUACAAUCACAAUCACCUGGAGUUGUGGUGGAAAGACGGAGAGUUCCAUGGGUACCCAGUCACCAAGUAUACCAUUGAGUACCGGAACUACUGGGACUCGGAGUGGAAAGUUCUGAAACAAGAUAUUAGAGUGGAAGACACUGUUCUUCAGAGUUUUCCCGAAUGGCAUGGUACUGAGAUCACCGAAGGCUUGUCUCCAGGCACGUCAUAUCAGUUCAGGGUUAAGUCUGGCAACAAUGAAUUAGGUUACAGUCCACCAAGCAGUGAGCCCUACAGGUGGUACACCAUGACGUAUGACGUUCCAUUCUACGCCCCUGAGAAUGUUCAUGGUGGUGGGGGCAGUGUUGGUCUGCUGGUCAUUAAGUGGAAUCCUCUGCCUAGAAGCCUGUGGGGUGGGAGCUCUAUCCACUACAAUGUCCAUUAUAGACGUCAAGUAGCCAUAGGAGAAGGAGACAAAUGGGAGUCCAAAGAAGGCCUGACAGACACAUUUCUUCAUGUCACUGUGGGAGUGGAGUUCUAUUACACCCCUUACGAGGUCAAAGUUCAAGCUGUGAAUGAAAUUGGAAAAGGUCCCAACUCUUCCAUAGCCAUUGUAUAUUCAGCUGAAGAUGUACCGGCCAACGUCGCUCCUACAUUUGACAAUGCUCAGGUUCUUAACGGCACAGCAGCUGUGGUCAGUUGGAUACCCAUCCCCAACACUAGAGAGGCAGCAAGAGGAACUGUAUUUGCAUACCAGGUGAAUUAUUGGCAAGAGCCUACAACUUUGUGUCUUGGAAUCAACGAGCACCUGGCUUUGUUCAGCCGUUUCUAUGGCGACGUGUCCAGCGGUCUUAUUAUCGGCAUGAUACCGGAGGGUCACUACUGUUUCAACCUUCAGUUUCUGAACCACGCGGGAAUCGGCCCCAAAACUGACAUUUACAAUUUCAACCUUAACUUGGCUCCGCCUGGCAACUACCCAGAAUACGUCACGGUGAUGUCACACGGAAAUGAUAGUGUGAGACUGUACUGGAAAGGUGUAUUUAUAAAUCCAGGGGAGGAAACCAUCAUCGGAUACAAGGCCUGGUACUGGGACAUCAGAGAGGACAUAAGGGCGGCCAAAAAUGCGACUUUUGGCAAAACCUUCACCGGAGUCCUGCACGGCAUUGAGAGAGACACGAUCUACAAAGUCCGAGUGUUUGCCUAUAGCAUAGGAGGGGACGGCAAGAAAAGUGGAGAUGUCUUUUUUACAUUAGGUGGUCAGGUUCAAUACAAUCCAGCAACGACGGAUAUCUUCAACAGCUCGCCAGGACUCCGGUGGUCAAACUUGUGGUCAGCAUUGCUUCUAGCGUUACUUCUCGUUAUUCAAACAAGUUCUUGAGUGUUUGUUCAAAUCCCCAUGAAGAAAUGCACGUGACAAUGAAAAAAAAAGCAAUAGCUUCUGACACCAAAUGUUAAAGACAAUUUGACCCUUUCUAUAACAGUCAUAGCGUUUGAUCAAUCUGUUUGACAAAUAGCGCUCUCUCAUUUUAUCUCCCCAUUUAAACUGAGACAAGAAAUAAUUUUUCAAUAAAUGUGUUGUAGCAGAGAGUAGGGUGCAACAUUGAAAUGAUUUUUUGCUUUGAAUAUAUUUCUUCAUUCAUAAAAAUUGCAUGAUUUACUGUUUUUUAUUUGCUAUGUUUUAUAUAUUUUAAAUAUUUUUAAUGUAUAUUCAUGAAAGCUGUAUGCAAGCUCAUUGAUUGACCUUUUAAGAUCAUGAAAACACGUUGUCCCACCAAAUCGACACUAUUACAAUACAAUAAAAAUGCCUUUUCAGUUUUUACAAUCACUUGUAUAGAGAGACAUUAUCAUAGAAAAAAAUGUAUCGCGUUUUGCUUGACUUAAGUAUGAAUGCUAUUUUAAAGAACAGUAACCCAGUAAAUGUUAUAAUGGAAAAGGGAGGUAAUUUACACGAACAUAAUACAUGUAGCAUGAAAUAAUGACGAUAGUGCUUCUUCAUUGACAUGACGGACGUCUUAAACUUCUGCCAUUGAAUCUCAUUAUUCAUUUCUCCCAAACAUUCUGGGGUGGACUAAUUCUUGACACAAUUUACCCCUAGAUUAUAUACACAGUCCUAGCUUUAGUUUUUUGAAUGAAUGGUAUAGAAACUCCAGUUACAUGUAGUCCAUGCAUAUUUAUGUUUAAAUUACCAGAAAGUAUUCUGUUGGGAUACGCGUUGUCCAGGUCGUAAGGAACUGUUCUAUGUAAACAUGACUUUUGAAAGAGUAUUUUACCUGUAGUUUCACUAAUAUAUUGUUUUUCUAUUUUUACGAGAAUAUGUAAUUAAAUGAAAUGAACAACAAAAAUAGUGA